UGAGUGGCCACUUGGGAGGCACCGUGAAUCGACAACACCUUUGACGGACCCCGGUGAUUAGGAGGAGACUAAAAUAGUUGCGGAGGGCAUUGCAAACCCACACACACACACACACACACCAAAAGUCUAAAAACAGAACUCACCGUGAAGAGGUGAUGAGGUUGAGGAGGAAAAGGUGCAGCAAAGGGCAGGGCUAACCUGUGAGAAUUACAAAGCAGAGAGACAUGAGGAAAGAAAACACACAACAACAGAAGAGCGAGAUUGACAGAGAGGCUGGGAAAGUGGGAGAUGGCAAAUAUCACAAACUGGAUUUAUCACAUGGGGAUUAUAAUAGACCAUUGUUAACAUCAAACGAUGUCGUCCUACUCUGAUGCUGAUAAUCAGUGUCAACCGGGGGACACCAUCUGUGAGAUCACAGUGUACAAACAGGAAGUCAUCAUCGUGCCCAUCCUGCUCCUUGCGAGCUUCCUGGUCACUCUGCUAAUCGUUCUCCUGAUGAGGUGCUGCCCUGGAAAGGGAAUCCGCGGACGACCCAGCGUAAUCCUAGCCCGACCACACAGCACCCGAAGGUUGAGUGCACACAAACUGAGGCAAAGUGCCAGACAGAACGUACAGGGCAUUGAGGCUCCUCCUGAGCUGAACCCACUGGAGCAUGAGGAGUUACCUAUGGGCACUCCGACCUGGCGUGACGCCCCAGACACCUUUUCUGCAGUACCGGAGAUGCCCAGAGAGAGGCAGCAUGGCUCUUUCAACCUAGUCACCCCGCUGCCCCUGUCCUUUGUCAAACCGAAUGACUCUGUCACCCUCUGCCGGGCAAGGAUGGACAACAGAGAUGUGAUUCUACGGACACUUAAAGAGACAGCUGAUGCCAGCGAGUGCCAGUCCUUCCUGGGCUUUGCCUCCUUUCUGUCUGAGCUGGGGCCCCACCCCUUUCUGCCUGGUCUGAUAGGCGUGCUCUCCCUACGUACCCCCCUCAUCACCGUGAUGGAGGAACUGGAGCACAGGGACCUGCUGGGGUUCCUAUGGAGGUGUCGACAGGACACAGGCGGGGAGUCCCCAUGCGACAUCACAGAGAAGCGCAUCUUCACCAUGGGAGGACAAGUGGCUUCUGCUCUGGAAUACCUGCAUGGUCAGAGCUGUAUCCAUGGCAACGUUGGAGCUCGGAGCGUGUUGGUUGGCAGAGACCUGACAGCUAAACUGUGGGGAUUGGGUCCAGCAUACCGCAGGAAAACACAAGCAGGAACUCCAGGAGAGCUGGAGAACACCGAGACGAGGAAGUGGCAGGCUCCAGAAGUAUUGGCAAGGAGACUUGUCAGUCAAAGCAGUGACGUCUGGUCUUUUGGUAUCCUGCUCCAGGAAAUGGUGACACUAGGUGACCCACCAUUCCCUAAAGUCAUGGCCAAUGAUCUUCUCCAAUACCUCCAGAGAGGAAAGACUCAGAAGAGACCCGCUAAUUGUUCUAACUCACUGUAUUCCAUAAUCAAGUCCUGCGGCCAGUUCGCUCCACACGAGCGCCCUGCAUUGGCUGAAGUGGUCCGGAAGCUUCAAUCAGGAGAGAAGAGUGCCAACGAUAGGCCAGUUCUUCGAGUGCCUGGGCCACUGGACAUUGAGAAGUACCUGCACGAGGCGGGAUAUGGAGAGGCCUACAAUUACACUGUUCUCUGAUUGGCUCCUGGGCUUCUUGUUUAAAUCUAGGUCAUAAAUUCAGUUUUUCACAUUACCGUGAAGACUGCUGGAAGAGCGUUUCAAAUGUCAAAACACCAAAUCUUGUUUUUCUUUAGGUGCCAUACUAUCCUCAAUACAAUGUGAGAGACUGAAGAAACACUCAGGUAUCAGGACAUAACUAUACUGAACAAAAAUAUAAAACGCAACAUGCUACAAUUAACAAUUUUACUGAGUAACAGUUCAUAUAAGGAAAUCAGUCUAUUGAAAUGAAUUAAUUAGGCCCUAAUCUAUGGAUUUCACAUCACUUUGCAAGGGGCACAGCCAUGGAUGGGCAUAGGACCACCCACUAGGGAGCCAGGCCCAGCCAAUCAUAAUGAGUUUUUCCCCAUAGAAGGGCUUUAUUACAGACAGAAAUAAUCCUCAGUUUCAUCAGCUGUCUGGGUGGCUGGUCUCAGAUGAUCCCACAGGUGAACAGGCCAGAUGUGGAGGUCCUGGGUUGGCGUGGGUACAUGUGGCCUGCAGUUGUGAGCCCGUUUGGACUUACUGCCAAAUUCUCUAAAACUAUAUUGGAGGUGGUUUAUGGUAGAGAAAUUAACAUUAAAUGAUCUGACAGCACUGGUGGACAUUCCUGCAGUCAGCAUGCCAAUUGCACCUGCCCUUAGAACUUGAGACAUCUGUGUUGUGACAAAACUGCACAUUUUAGAGUGGCAUUUUAUUGUCCCCAGCACAAGGUGCACCUGUGUAAUUAUCAUAAUGUUUAAUCAGCCACAUCUGUCAGUUGGAUGGAUUAUCUUGGAAAAGGAGAAAUGCUCACUAACAGGGAUGUAAACAAAUGUAUAUUUUUGUUCAGUAUGUAUGUAUAUACAAAGCAAUCUGCUUUUUCCAUGACAGACUGACCUAGGUGAACGCUAUGAUCCUCUUUGAUGUCAAUUGUUAAAUCCACUUCAAUCAGUGUAGAUGAAGGGGAGACAGGUUAAAGAAGGAUUUUUAAACCUUGAGACAAUUUAGAUAAGGAUUGUGUAUGAGUGUCAUUCAGAGGGUGAAUAGGCAAGACGCAAAAUGUAAGUGCCUUUGAAUGGGGUAUCGUAGUAGGUGCUAGGUGCACUGGUUUGUGUCAAGACUGGCAAUGCUGGGCCUCCCGAGUGGCGCAGUGGUCUAAGGCACUGCAGUGCCACGAGAUCCUGGUUCAAGUCCAGGCUCUGUCGUAGCCGGCCGCGACCGGGAGACCCAUGGGGCGGUGUACAAUUGGCCCAGAGCCAUCCGGGUUAGUGGAGGGUUUGGCCGGCAGGGAUGUCCUUGUCCCUAGCGACUCCUGUGGUGGGCCGGGUGCAGUGCAUGCUGACACAGAUGCCAGGUGCAUGGUGUUUCUUCUGACACAUUGGUGCGGCUGGCUUCCGGGUUAAGCGGGCAUUGUGUCAAGAAGCAGUGCGGCUUGGUUGGGUUGUGUUUUGGGGGACGCACGGCUCUCAACCUUCGCCUCUACCGAGUUGCCGUGAUGAGACAAGACUGGAUACCACGAAAAAGGGUAAAAGUUUUUUUUAAAGAUUACAAAAAAAUAAAAGAACGACAAUGCUGCUGGGUAUUUCUUGCUCAACAGUUUCCACCGUGUGUAUCAAGAAUGGUCAACCACCCAAAGGACAUCCAGCCAACUUGACAACUGUGGGAAGAAUUGGGGUCAACAUCCUUGUGGAACGCUUUCGGCACUUUGUAGAGUUCAUGACCCGACGAAUUGAGGCUGUGCUGAGGGAAAAAGGUGUGGGUGCAACUCAAUAUUAGGAAGGUGUUCAUAAUGUUUGGUAUAAUCAGUGUAUGUAUGUAUAUAUAUUUAUAUAUUUAUCCACUGUCUAUAUACUGAAUAUCUAUGUGGCUCCAACGGAAAACCAAAUGAACCUUCCCUGCAGGCUACAAUGCCAGUGUCUUCCAAGGCCCCACAUGGGUCUCUCUCCCACACUAGCAGAUAUAUAAUUCUACAUGUAAACUGUGGCCACUUACACUUUAACCCUUUAAACAACCAUCAGUCUGCAAUUUAGUCAAAUAGAAAUGGCUGAGUUUCUCAUCAUCAUAAAAUCUAGAUGUUUUGCAUGUCAGCAGUUGAAGAUAUUCAAGAAGUGUCACCAGCCAUGCAUCGUACCACAAAGCAAAGUGAUCCUUUCUUUAUGUUCUUAGUUGAGCCGGGAUCCCUGCCUAACAAAUGUGCCUUAACAAACUCAGAAGUCUUAACCAGGACUGUCACGUAAAGAGCACUACUAGCUAUUACACAUAAGUUCAGUCUACACAACACUCAUCACUUCAGUUGCAAAAUAAAAGCACUACCACUUCUGCGUGUUGUCCUAGUAGU